CAAUAUGUUGUACUCUGUCUUACAACUGUAUGUGGUUUUCAUUCAGUGAAGUUUCUGACUGGAAAAUACAGGCACACACUGUAACUGCCCCGCCAAAAUUUUACACGGAUUGGCAAUGGAAGGCCCAGCGAGACCGGACAAAAUAAUCGAGGAGAUUGGAGGGUGUGGGCGAUAUCAGAUUCGCAUAAGCGUUGUUGUACACCUGAUUAAAUCUAUCGCCGGCUUCAGUAUUUUGUCGACCGUCAUUAUUUGUUCGACACCGCCUUGGCGAUGUGACGACAGAAUUGUUCUCGACAAUAGCACCUUGUGCAUGAUUCUGCAAAAUGAGUCAGAAGUAAAUAUAUGUCCGUCGGAAGCCUGUGUCCUUACGAAUGACUCGAAAUGUUCUAGUUUCGUUUUCGAAGGAACACUUCAAACGAUUGUCAGCGAGUUUGGUUUAGUGUGCGGACGUGACUACAUUCCAAGUUUAAUCAUGACUUUACAAGUUGCUGGGUUACUCGCUGGAAACAUACUUGCUGGACAGUUAUCAGAUCUGAUUGGGCGUAAACCUCCAUUCUUCACCUCUAUUAUUCUCAUAACUGUUUUCAAUCUGGUUGGUUUCUUCUCGGUAAGCUGGGUCAUGUUUGCUGUUGCGAGAAUUUUCGUCGGCAUUGGAUCCGGAUUUUUCUUGUCGACACAAUAUUGUUUGUUAUCCGAAUUUUCCUUAGCAAAAUGGCGCGUGUGGAUCGUUGGUUUUCCCUCUUGGCCGAUAGAAGGAUGCGUGUUUGCACUGUGCGCCUGGCUGAUACAGGACUGGCGAUAUAUACAGCUCUUGACAGGCAUCAUGGGAAUCCCAUGUUUAUUUGCAUGGUUCAUAAUUCCCGAAAGUUUCCGCUGGUACAUUGGACACGAUAAGACUGAUAAGGCCCUUGAAGUGAUCAAUAAAGUUGCAAAGUAUAACCACCGCCAUGAAGUGGAAUUGGGACACCUGAUGGAGAAAUCGGAAGUGAAAAAGUACACCGUCAUUGACUUGUUCAAGUCAAAGACUCUCAUACGGAAUACAAUUCUUUCCAUCUUUAAUUGGAUGGGCCUUGGUCUAGUAUCAUAUGGUAUCAAAUAUGGUAUCCAGGCUCUCUCGGGGAACAUCUUUUUCAACCUAUUUCUCUUUAAUCUUUGCGGUAUACCUUCAAAGGGAAUAGCUCUUUGGCUUCAAAACAGGUUUGGGCGUAGAAUUACAGCCAUCAUUUGUUACACGAUUGUUGGUAUCAGUGGUUUUAUUGUCGGCGUCGUACAAACUGUUGAAGCUCCAAACCGGGAUGCUCUCACAAACGGGUUUGCCCUUUUGGCCCAUAUUGGUAUUACCAUGGCAUGGGGACCGGUACAAACGAUGACAAUCGAACUAUAUCCAACUGUCGUCAGAAAUAUUGGAUUUGGAACAUUAAGUGUGAUGGGAAGAAUUGGGGCCAUGAUUGUCCUCAGUUAGUCUACUUGGAUUCUUAUGUUCCUGGUUUGUUGUACUAUGUGUGCGGGGCAGUGUCUGUGGUAUGUGUCACUGGAACUUCUGCACUUCCGGAGACAAUGGACGCCGACCUCAAUGAUAAAAUUGGACAAAUGAAAGAGAAAAGUGUCAAGAAUAAUCAAAUUAGAAAUGGUGUCGUCUGAUGAAGUAUUGACUCAAAUCAUACAGUAAUAAGAUUGCAUGCCAGUGUGUUUUCAGAGAAAUCUGCGCUAUAAAUAGACAACGUGUCACGUGAUAACCUCGGUGUUCCAAUUCCCACGUUUCUUACCGUUUCUGUAUAAUGCACACUUCUUACGAUUAAUCGAAGUACAUGUAUAAUAAUCAACACUAACAUUAGCUAUGGUUCAUUUUAAAAUUUUCCUAUAGCUGUUCGGUUUACUUAAGUUUAGCACUGGACCUCGAAUCUAUUUAACAUCUAUGGACCUACACCACUAUGGUCCAUUUUAUGCUAAAGGACCUACUGACAUCAGACCAGAAGGAAAAUGCCAUUGUUCAUGUCAUACUGUACACCUGUUUAUACCGUGAAAACCAUGGUAAAACGAAAAGUGUACUAUAAACCCAUUUCAGCAAAUGGGUACCAUGAAUAUUGAAAACUAGUAAUUUCUCUAUUAUCUACUUUAUCAUUUAAAACGAUGUUUCAUUAAAACGAAAUAUUUUGGAAUUGAACUUUCAUGAAAGUUAAAACAGACAGAAAGUAGUUAUACAAUGUGAAAUGUUGUUCUGCUCGUAAACUUAUAUAUUUAUGUUUUAUCUGCCUGUCUCCGUGGUGUAUUGCUUCUCACCAGUGUCCGCUUUUAAUACGUAUUCUUAAUUUUUGUUUAAUCUUUUAAGAGGAUGCAGUGGAAAUUAAUUCUUUAUGACGUGCUGAUCAAAACUCAUUUUACUUUUAUCAUAUUUUCAAAGACAUAGUAUAUACUGUGUGACUAAUAUUUAUUUUUGAGAGUAGAAAAUCAUCACUCAUUGCAUAGGAACCAUUUGUCAUCCAUACUGUUAUCUUCAACAAUUGUCAGUUUUACUCAAACGUACUGUAAAGAAUGCUUUUUGUUAAACAAUAUAUUUGAAUGUCUCAAAGAGAUCAUAUCACAGUAGUCUUUAGAAAUUUGUUUUCUUCUCUUCUGUCAAUGCA